GUCCAAAUGUCUUUUUUAAUAUAGGAUAAUAAUCUCAUUGUAGAAGGCCCUUUAAAAUUUGAGAAACAACUAUGAAUUCAGAAUUCAGUCUUCUCUCUGUCAGUACUGAGAGUGAAUUUCGGAACGCUCUCUUGAAAGAGCAGAGAGUGCAGUCAACUCGAACGCCACUCGCGGUGAUUGGUUGCUUCGUCCGUUUCGAGAAUCGCAAUUUUGUCAAAACUUGUAUGGCGCGAUCGCUCGCGGAAUACAUCGUUUAUCAAGUUGAUUCGAACAGUUGAGUAACUGAUUGUGACUGUUGAUUAUUUAAAAGUGACUGUAACUAGUGCGAUAAGUUGUUGUCAAUAAAGUGUGCUCGCGUCGUAUCGUGUUACGUUAAUUAUCGCGUGUUUUUGCGACUUAGAAGCUGACUUUCGCGUCAGGUCGACCGAGAGAUGACGGAAAUUUUCUCCGGAUUGAUUUCGACUUGUUGCUGUAUCGGCGUCGAGAUAUAACGAUCAUCACCAGGCGGCGCACAAGUAAUCGCAGAUUAUCGUCUUUUGUAUUCGUUUGAUCAUUUAUAAAGUUGAAAACAGAUCAGAUGGCACUGAUCAUGAGAAACUUCUGUAUUAUGCAAAUCAUUAUGUUGCUCUUCUGCUUCGCCGGAAGCUUCUGUACGGCCUCAGCUUGUGUGAGCUUUGGAUCGGGUUGUUGGGGAGCACACGGAAAGCGCAACAAUGUUCAAGAUAUACCUACAAUGCACAUCCUGGCGGACAAGACAUUAUUGAGCGAAUCUCCGCAAAACGACAAGGCGUUAUGGAUUCUUUCUCGUUUAAUCGCUAGACGAGCCACGUUGACGGAUGAUAAUCGUGCAAGAUGGAAAGAUUUUUCUGCAGAUAACACAUACGACUCAAAUUGGCAGAUGUCAUUGAUUAAUAAUGAAAAUGUUGAACCGAUCAGCUUUCCAAUUAACAAUGAUAUCAAUGAGAGAGAAAUUGCCGAUGUUCAAGAUGCAAUGCAUGUUACGAACGAAAACCUUGAAAAUAUUCCCGAAAUCUUGUUAAUUUCGUCUAAUGAUAAACCAGUUCUCAUCAAAAAGUAGCUCGACUUAAGUUUUUGAAUGAGGCAAACAGGAUGUAAAACAUAAAUAAAAUAAAAACGUAGCAAGAUAUCGGAGAACAAAUUAGUGUUUUUAAAAAAUCUCUCUUAUUGAAAAAUGAUAUAAUAUAACUUUAUAUGUGUGUAUAUAUAUAUUAUACACAUACAUACAUAUUAAGUUAACAUAAUAUUAUUUAUCAUUCUAUAUAAAUUAAACUCGUAUACUUUCAGAAGACUACAAUGCCCUCUAAUAAAACUUUUAUUUAUAGCAAUUUUUUAAUCACAGUAUGAUUUUGUAAAAUAUCGAUAUACCUUUUUAAAUUAUAUAAAGCUUGCUAUAAAUGUAAUAUAUGUAACAUAUAUUUUACUACUCCGUCAAACACCUGUCAAAUAAACUAGAAACUUUGACUUUUUUUUAUUAAAUCAUACACAUAAAUGUUAGGUACAUUACCGAAUUUUAAUUAAUAUUAUACCAAAUUAUAUACUAUACUGAAUUAUAUUUAAUUAUAAUAUACUGAAAAAAAAAACAAAGAACGAUUAAAUAUAAUAUAAUAAAACUAUACUAUACUGUGUUGUCUGAAAAAGUACAACAACCUCAAAUAUUUUCAGUCUUGAAAGUUUUAACAUCGUCAUUAUUUAUUUUACUCGCCUAUACUCUCGUACUUCAUAAUCUUUAUACAUAUCUAAUAUACAGCAGAAUUAGAGCAUGUAAAAACACAUUUAUUGUAAUUGUCAACAUUAAAUCAAUAAUCAAAUAAUUCGCAUUAAAUCAUUAGAAAUGAAAACUAUGAAGUUAAUAACGUGUUUUAAU